AGCCGCUACACCGCUUCUUAGGACAUCCCUUCGUCACGAGAAAAUCACCAUGUUUCUCACAAGGAGUGAAUACGAUCGAGGAGUGAACACAUUCUCACCUGAAGGGCGUCUGUAUCAAGUCGAAUAUGCGAUCGAAGCUAUCAAGCUCGGGUCCACAGCUGUUGGUUUGAAGACCGACGAGGGAGUUGUGCUCGCAGUUGAGAAAAGAAUAACAUCGGGACUUUUGGAGCCCAGCAGUGUUGACAAGAUUAUGGAGAUUGACGCGCACGUUGGUUGUGCGGUGAGUGGCCUCACUGCUGAUGCUCCAUCAUUGGUCGAGCAUGGGCGAGUUGAGGCACAGAAUCACAAGUUUUCCUACAACGAGGCUAUGUCAGUGAAAUCGAUAGUUCAAGCAUUAUGUGACCUUGCACUCAGCUUUGGCGAAGCUGCAGAUGAAGAACCAUCAAUGUCGAGACCGUUUGGAGUUGCCCUUCUUAUCGCCGGUCACGAUGAGACUGGUCCAUGCCUAUACCAUACCGAUCCAUCUGGGAGCUCCUGGGCAUGUGAUGCCAAAGCUAUUGGAUCUGGAUCUGAGGGUGCUAACUCAUCUCUUCAGGAACAUUACCACAAGGAUAUGACUUUGAAGGAAGCAGAAACGCUUGCGCUAUCGACUCUGAAACACGUCAUGGAGGAAAAGGUUACAUCAUUGAAUGUGUAUAUCGCCAGAGUCGCGCCCAAAUAUCAUCUGUACACUCCAAGUGAGGUUGAGAGUGUAAUCAGACGACUAUGAAGCUCAUAGGUGAGGGGUUCCCAAUCUCCUACAGGCAGAGGGCGAUGGUCUUGUUCCAGAAGGUAAGACCUUGACAAGAAUGUGAAGAGGAGUAAAGGUUCCACAUAAUAGCCCGUGGUCCGUAAAAUGACAUUUGCAGUAGUUCUUCCCUUUUAGCAGACACGCUUUUCGUGUACUUGCGCAGCGGAGUUAGUAAAAGUCCUUUACAGGAGACCUAGAUCGUCUUUAAGGUUGGUACAUAAUCCCGCAAUGAUCCAUAUGAGAAAACCGCAGCUUGUGAUGAACACUUUCUGACUCUCGACCUUCUAUCAGUCCUCCUCCCCCCUCGACUCGUGCAUCCGUCCAUGAAACUUGGUCGGAAGCUCCUCCCUUCAAAAGCAGCAAAAUCACAGGAUGGGGGGAGGAAGUCGACCGGACGUCAUGAAAGCAUGUCUGCUGCCGGUCCAAUCAACUCCCUCUACUCCACCCAAUCCAAUCUGGCAGGUUCAUGGUUUCUCAUUAUCCCUCGCUCAUGUCUGUCUGCCUGCCUGUCUGGCUUUCUGCGCAUGAAGCUCAUGUUUCGCUUUCAGGUUUGCUCGUGACAUUCCUUUUCUGAUUGUGUGCUGUGGAGGAGGAGGAGGAGCAGGAGAAAAAGCACUUGUGGCCAUCUGGAACGUUAGUUUUCCAGGCUUGUGAUGAUGCUGGUGAAGUCAGACCGACCUCCUUUUUGGGGGUCAACCAGUCUCCCUCCCUCCCUCACUCCCUUGCUCGUACGAUAUCCCCCUCCCCUUGCGGUCGUGCUACCGAAUUUUUCAAUGCAUGCCCCGACCCUUCCUUUUCCGUCCCGACCCCAUCUGAGGGGGGGGACGGGGGGAGGGCCAGCCCUGGGCUCGAAAGAUUAUGGUCGGGAGUGUACCGCACAUACUUUUCAGCGAUCAAACGAACGAGACGAGACGAAACAGAGCCAUUUACGCAAGCAAGCGAUAGCAUGGCUGCCCUUUUCGCGAAAGAUCUCAGAAGCAUCCAUGUCCAUCGAUUCGUGUCCUGUUGAACCAUGUGCUCGUACCGGCGAUCAGAUUCCUCCGUUGGAACGCAUGAACGGCCUCCUCCUCCCCCUCCCCCUCCUCCUACUCCUCUUCGUUGACGCUUUCCUAGAUCUUGACUCUCCUCUCCUGUCAGGCCAUCACGAGCUUAUAUGUACGCUAAAUACCCGUAUGACCCUCCCGUCCCCUCCCGUCCCCUCCAUCCCCUCCUGUUCAAUGCCUUCAUGACGUCCGAGCCGGAUUGCUUUCCCCCAGCUUUUCCCCAGCUCCCGGUUCCAUUUGGGCAAGAGAAAAAGAGAAUUUGGAUAUUGACAAGUUCUGUGUUGAGUUGACAAGGCAACCAACUAGUCUGCCGGGAGCGUUGACGUAUGGACUCUCCAGGAGCAAAUAUGGUCCUGUGGAGGACAGAGCGGAAUAAAACUUUUCAUGCUUCACUAGUUGCAAAGCACUAUUCCAUAAGACGUUACUUGUGACUGACUGAGAUUAAGACUCAAUACGAAAACUCAGAUCUCAUCUCCAGUUUAAUUUUGUCGUUCUUAAACUACGGUGUGGUAAAUUAUGCGAAUGCAUGAACCAUGACU